AUGACAUUUGGGCAAUUUGAUACCAUUUGUGAAAAGGCAUCUUUGCCACUUUGUCCGCUCGUUGGUCCUUAUGAAGAGAGUUCAUAUUCUAUUUUACAUCAAACUGGGAUUACUCCAGAAUGUUUCGCUCGCUCAAUAGAUCUCGCCAAUACAAUCAUAUUUCAAGUUGGCAAUGCAUUUAUAAAUAUUGCUGCGCUUGGUGUUCUUGUUAUUAUUAUUCUAAAUAUUCGCUCCAAAUUUACCGCUAUAGGGCGCCGCGAAAUUUUAGAUUUUUUUCUAAUACUUUUUGUUACAGUGUUUUUGUCUCUUGUUGUUGAUUCUGGUGUUGUUCCACCAGGAUCAGGUGCUUACGCAUGGUUUGUGGCAGUGCAUGCCGGAUUUUCUUCAGCCUGCUGCUGGGCUCUUAUGCUGAACGGUUUACUUGGAUUUCAAUUUUACGAAGAUGGUACACCUCGGUCGGUAUGGGGUCUUCGGAUCUCUAGCUUUUGUGCAUUUGCACUCACAUUUAUAAUAGCCGUUUUGACGUUUCAUGGGUGGACUCCAGAUACCUUAUCACCAACAAAAACGACUGGUCUAUUUGUGGUGCUCUAUUUAUUAAAUGCUAUUUUUGUUGCGACAUAUAUUGUCUCUCAGCUAGCACUGACAAUAUUUGUGUUGCAUGAUCCAUGGGCGCUGGGCGCUGUUGGGUUAGGAACAUUCUUUUUUGCAGCAGGACAAGUGAUUUUGUACGCAUUUUCUUAUAAAAUAUGCGAUAAUGUAAAGCACUACUUAGAUGGAUUGUUUUUUGCUUCACUUACCAAUUUAUUUGCAUCUAUGAUGGUUUAUAAGUACUGGGAUAUGAUAACAACCGAGGAUUUGGAGUUUAGCGUAUCCAAUAAGGAAAGUGCUUGGGAAGUCAAGGAACUUUUAGAUGAAGAUCGUCGUUAUGAUAACGGGAGUGAAUAUGCUGGUUCAACAUAUGCUCUAAAUUCCCAUAUGUUUUAA